GGAGAAAGAAACUGAACAAAGUAAAUUCCUUUCCGGGUUCUUCUCUUUCUCUCCGUGUGAAGAGUGAAGAUGUACGUAACGAGGCCACUGUCGAUGUACAGAAGUAAUCCGAGCACCAUGGAAGUGCCGCCGCCUGAUGCACCGUACUCUGGCUAUCUGGUCAUCACCGACGAGGACGCCGAUGCUGAAGACAGAUACUGCUGGGGACUGUGCCGCCGCAACAAGGUCAAGAAACUUCCAUUCCCGCAAGACAAGAUCUUCACCAUCGUCCAUUGGUCGGAGCAUUACCGGACCUCCGCCGUCAAGGUUGCCUUCAUCCCCGUCCCGGAUCAGCCCCUCUCUUCUAAUCGCUACUACAUCGUCAGAGCCAAUGGCAGACACAAAGGGAAAGCGUGCAGAUGCGCAAAAGAGAGGGACAUAGUGAGUUGCUGCUUGAGCAAUCUGUUGAGUGACAAGAAGCCAAAAGCAUUCAAUGUGAAGGACGUGUACCAAAUUUUCAAGAUCCAUACUCACCAGAGUGGCGGCUUCUUUGCAAAGUCCAUUGUUCCUGAUGGCAUCCCUCCCAGUUUCCUCAGGACAAAAGGAUGGACACUUCGCAUCUCAUCCACAUCCUACUCUCGCAGAUCUUGCAGGAAGCUCACUGAAGCUCUUGGUGUGGACACUGCUCUAAGAUCACAGCUUCCACGUUUCCACUUCCCCUACACAAGGCAACGGUCUGCUCCAGUGACUGUAGGAAGAUGGUACUGCCCCUUUAUAUUUGUAAGGGAAGGAGUGAGCAGAAGACUAAGGAGCCAAAUGAAGAAGUCCAUAUUUUACAGCAUGACACUUCAGCAAAGGUGGGAGGAGAUAUAUUCUUGUGGGAGAGGAGAGAUUACAGAAGAAAACGGCGUCGUUCACGUGAAUGCCGACGUGGAGAGAGAGGUGGUUAUGGUGGGAGGCAUGGAAGCAAGGAAGAGUGAUAGGGUUGAUCCUAAUGGUUUCUAUUGGUACAGAGCUCAUGAUCCAUACAAGAGGAAAAGGGCAACUGUGGGACUGAACACAGCAAUUGUUGAGAAUAUGAGAUGGGUUGAAGAGGAAGGAGGGAGGGCCUGUGGGAGAGAAAGGGUAGUGAGAGUGAGAGAACAAGUGACAAUGUUGGAGGGUAGUGAAUGGGAAAGGCUUAGCUGCUAUGUCAUGGUAGAGAGCUUCUGUUUGAGGAGACUGGAUGGUAGAUUACUGCUAAAAUAUGACUUCAGGCACACCCAAAAGAUCAGAAUUAAAUGGGAAUAAAUAACACUUGUCUUAUUUUGUCAAACCAAGAGAGAACAAGGGAGAAUGACAAGUAAGUCCUAAAACAAAAAAUUAAUAACAGUUAAGUUCUUGAUAAAAAAUUUUAAAAAAUAAAUUACAAAUAUCAAUUUAAAUAAUUAUAAAUUCAGUUUUUGUAACUUAUUUUAAAAAAAAAUUGUCAAGAAUCUAAUUGUUAUUAAUUUUUUAUUUCGGGACAUUACUGCCAUUCUCCCAAAGAAUGAUGCGCUAUCCCUUUCUCCUUUAAGCUUUGCAUGUUUUGCAGUAAUUCAGGACAAAACCUGUACUGAACAUUAUGUCAUGAAAUUUUGGCAGCAGGUUUAGUGAUA